AUAAAAUCCUCGUGGACGAAUACCAUCCUACAGUUUAUCAGCAUCAUCAUCUUCAUACACUAAUACUGCUAGAACAGUUUUGCCAUUGGAUAAAAACACAGUUCUACAGCACUACUAAUAUUGUUGUUUUGAUUUUUGAAUUUUUGAAUUAAAAUAAUCGGCGUGCGACGACCAUGUGGAUGGAAGGAAUCUGCAUCGGCGGCUGGGGCAGCCACGUAUACGCCAGGGGCCACCUAGCCACGUCCUCUCCCACUCAUCCUAUAAAGCCGGCCCUAGCCCUGCCCAUUCGGGAAUACGCCACCUACUCCCUCAGUACACGUGGUAGACGGCGCCGGAACAACAUGAGCGUCGGAGCGGCAUCGACGACGGCACCGGAUGCCUUGCGGAAAGGCAUCGCUGAGUUCUACGAUGAAUCCUCUGGUGUCUGGGAGGACAUUUGGGGAGACCACAUGCACCACGGCUUCUACGAUCCGGCCUCCGAUGUCUCCAUCUCCGACCACCGCGCCGCCCAGAUCCGCAUGAUCGAUCAGUCCCUCGCCUUCGCCUCUCUCUCCGAUGAGUCGAACCAGAAACCAAAGAGUAUUGUUGAUGUUGGAUGUGGCAUAGGAGGCAGUUCUCGAUAUCUGGCAAGAAAAUUUGGGGCUAAAUGCAAAGGCAUUACUCUCAGUCCUGUUCAAGCACAGAGAGCUCAACAGCUUGCUGAUGCUCAAGGACUCAGCGCUCAGAUUUCAUUUCAAGUUGCUGACGCGUUGAACCAGCCCUUCCCCGAUGGCCAGUUCGAUCUAGUUUGGUCCAUGGAGAGUGGAGAGCACAUGCCUGACAAGAAGAAGUUUGUGAACGAGCUGGUGCGUGUGGCUGCUCCUGGUGGAACAAUAAUCAUCGUGACAUGGUGCCACAGAGACCUAUCUCCUUCGGAAGAGUCUCUGCGGCCAGAGGAGAAAAACUUGCUAGACAGAAUAUGCCGCGCUUUCUAUCUCCCAGAAUGGUGCUCCACUGCUGAUUAUGUCAGCCUGCUCACCUCCCUAUCCAUGGAGGAUGUUAAGUCUGCAGACUGGUCCGACAACGUUGCUCCAUUUUGGCCUGCUGUUAUUAAAUCAGCAUUGACAUGGAAAGGCAUCACCUCAUUGCUAACCAGUGGGUGGAAGACUAUAAGGGGAGCGCUCGUCAUGCCAUUGAUGAUCCAAGGAUACAACAAGGGUCUCAUCAAAUUUGCUAUCAUUACUUGCAGAAAACCAAAUACUCCCUAAAUCUUUCUCUUGUUAUGUUAAUGAAAUAAGCCAAUGUUGUGACACGGUGAUGAUGGUUACACUAUAUAGCUUAUUACAGCGGCGCUUCUUGUGAUAUAUGAACAUUUGAAGAUACCAUCAAUUCUUAAUGCUCAUCCUCGUAGGUAUAUAUCAUAUAUGUAAUGCAGUUUCUCUUAUAGGCUAUAAUCAACCUGUAUUUCCUA